GAGCAUCAGUUGCAUGAUGAUAAAUAUGUUUGUACUAACAUCUAAAUGUGAGAGACAGUGGUGAUUAAAGAGCAUGGCCUUUGGCAUCGUACAAAUUUAGGUUUGAAUCCCACUCACCACUCCUAGGGUGAGCCUGGACAACUCAAUCUCUCUGAGCUUCCCCUUAGGGAUCACAAUAUCUAUCUCAAGAGUGUUGUGAGGAUUAAAUCCAUAUACAAACUUGCCCAGAGAAUUCAGCACCCAGAAGAUAAAGCCAGCUGUUGGCCUAGGGCAGGCCUGAAUCCUAAUGCUUCCUUUCACGAUCUAGUCACCAUCACCAAUAUUUAAAAAGUCAAAGGGGUCACAAUUUAACCAUUACAUUCAUACACAUUAAAGAUUUGGAUGCCUGCCUUGAGUGGAUCCUUACCUGGCUCCAGCUUGUCCAGAGUUUUCAUAAACAGACUAGAUUUCCAAAUGAUCUACAGUAGCCCUCAAGGCCCAGAUUUGGAUUAGGAAGGGGAAGUAAGUGGGGUACAAGCAGCUCUGCGGAGUAGGACCAAAAGAUCAGAAACAGAAUGAGUGAUCACUCCAAUCUCUGAGCUCGGGUGUAAGCCUGCAGCAUGGAUGGAGGAGCCGCAAGAUUUAAGAGCCCAGAAGCGAGUCUGUAAGGAGGACGUAAGAGACCGAUACUCCCUUUCACAAGCUCCUUUUCCUCAAACACCUCCCGGCCAAGGAAAGCCCUAGCCUCCGGAGAUUCUUCCAGAGAAGGCCAACAGUCUCAAACACUGAAAAAGACCUCAAAACCACAUUCUAGUCUCUACCGCCACUACUAGUCUCGCCCAGUAUGUGCGAGUGAAGACGCGUGCGCGCGCACGGGCGCGCGCUCGCACAGACCCCUGGGAUACCAUCUCCUCUUGGUCUUCCAGUUUCCCGGCAUGCUUCGGGCCCGCCAAAUGGGAGGGGGAGACGCAAGAUGGCGGCAGCCGCGAACUCCGGCUCCAGCCUCCCGCUGUUCGAUUGCCCGACUUGGGCAGGUAAACCCCCACCUGGUUUACAUCUGGAUGUAGUCAAAGGAGACAAACUAAUUGAGAAACUGAUUAUUGAUGAGAAGAAGUAUUACUUAUUUGGGAGAAACCCUGAUUUGUGUGACUUUACCAUUGACCACCAGUCUUGCUCUCGGGUCCACGCUGCCUUGGUCUACCACAAGCAUCUGAAGAGAGUUUUCCUAAUAGAUCUCAACAGUACACACGGCACUUUCUUGGGUCACAUUCGGUUGGAACCUCACAAGCCUCAGCAAAUUCCCAUCGAUUCCACAGUCUCAUUUGGUGCGUCCACAAGGGCAUAUACUCUCCGUGAGAAACCUCAGACAUUGCCAUCGGCUGUGAAAGGAGAUGAGAAGAUGGGUGGAGAGGAUGAUGAACUCAAGGGCUUACUGGGGCUUCCAGAGGAGGAAACCGAGCUUGAUAACCUGACAGAGUUCAACACUGCCCACAACAAGCGGAUUUCUACCCUCACCAUUGAGGAGGGGAAUCUGGAUAUUCAGAGACCAAAGAGGAAGAGGAAGAACUCACGGGUGACGUUCAGUGAAGAUGAUGAGAUCAUCAACCCAGAGGACGUGGAUCCCUCCGUUGGACGCUUCCGGAACAUGGUGCAGACUGCCGUGGUCCCAGUCAAGAAGAAGCGGGUGGAGGGCCCUGGCUCCCUGGGCCUGGAAGAAUCAGGGAGCAGGCGCAUGCAGAACUUUGCCUUCAGUGGAGGACUCUACGGGGGCCUGCCCCCCACGCACAGUGAAGCCGGCUCCCAGCCGCACGGCAUCCACGGGACAGCACUCAUCGGUGGUUUGCCCAUGCCGUACCCGAACCUCGCCCCUGACGUGGACUUGACUCCUGUCGUGCCAUCAGCAGUGAACAUGAAUCCUGCCCCAAAUCCUGCAGUCUAUAACCCCGAAGCUGUCAACGAACCCAAGAAGAAGAAAUAUGCAAAAGAAGCUUGGCCGGGCAAGAAGCCCACGCCUUCCUUACUGAUUUGAUACUUUUGGUCAUGGAGAGGGGAGGGGUGGGGGGGGAUUGGGUGGAAGGGUGAUGGGGGAGCUAAUGAACUAGGGAGAGAAACUUUCCGUGUGUGCAGUAUCAUCUUUCAGAAUGUCUCCUGGGGUCCUAACCAUGUAGUGUCAAAACUGGGAGUGGGGUUGGAAUAUCCCAUAAAGACCUGUCUUCAGAACACUUAGUGCUGAUAAAUGUUUCAUAUACCCUUUUAAAUAGACUGCCCUGGCUCUUUCCCAGGCCUUCUGUUACCUCCUUUUUCUUUUCUCCCUCUUCCUAGGAUCAUUUUUAUUUAAAGUCACAUACCCCGGGGAGGCCCUCAGGUUGAAUCCAGAGCUAGGGAGGUAGCAAUCGCAUCACCAGCCUUGUGGGUCCAGCGGCCUAAUUUAUAUUUACUAUCCCUGCAAGUCCUAGAUAGCAGAAGGGUUGCCACAGAUCCGAGGUUGAUCAAAAAGUAUUUAGAAUUCUUAAGGUUUAAACUCAAAAAUGUUUUCCUGGAUCAGUGGUUUUGAGGUCCAAUAGUUAGGCUUUUCUCUUUUGUCCUUUCUGUUGGAAUGAGAAUAUUUUGAUUUUCGUCUGUGAGCAGUGCCAUAGACACAGGUUGAUCGUUUUAAACGUACCACUUUGUUUGAACUUUACCUGUUUUUCUUGUCAAACCUGAGUACUCUGCUUGCCCAAGUUUCUCAUUUGAUUCCAGAGUACUGUCCUCAACUCUCUAAGGCUUUACUUUCCUUUUCAAAUGUGUUAUGGAGGCAAUUUUUCAAGGAUAUGACGAGUUAUACUGUUUCCCCGAAAACAAGACCUAGCCGGACCAUCAGCUCUAAUGCGUCUUUUGAACGCAUCUUAUAGUAAAAUGAGAUGGGGUCUUAUAUUAAUUUUUGCUCCAAAAGACGCAUUAGGGCUGAUUGUCCGGCUAGGUCUUAUUUUCGGGGAAACACGGUAGAACAAUUCCAAUUAAUAAAAAAGGUUUUACUUUGCAAGUAACUGAUGUCUCUAAGAGGGUGUUUUUAGAUGUGGGUUCAGAGGCUCUUUCCCCCCUUGUCUGAGAGCUUGUGGUCCAGAGCUCUAAGACUAGACCUGGCUAACAAACAUAGGAGACGACCGUAGGAAACGAUAUGAGCUUUGUACAGAGAUUUGUACAUUUGUGUAAUAGGCCUUUUCACGCUUUAUGUGUAGCUUUUUACCUGUAACCUUUAUUACAUUGUAAAUUAAACGUAACUUUUGUCA